UACACUGCAGGUUUCCAAGGCAAAAGACUGUAGAGCUCUUGCUGUGUGUCUGAAAGCUAAGUUAUGAGGAGAGCAAAAUAUUUUUCAUUUGAUCAAGAAGGAUGUUUUCACUGGUGGUAGAAGAACCAGUGUAUAAAAUCCAAAUUCUGUGCAAGCAGAUAUGUUGUAAUGUUCCUACAGGCCAGAACUAUGGUAGCUGUUGGACUUGGUGUUGCAACUGUUGCAUUUGCAGGUCGUUAUGCUUUCCACCUUUGGAAACCAUUGGAGCAGGCAAUUACAGAGACAGCAAAGAGGAUUUCGACUUCUAGUUUUUCAUCAUACUAUAAAGGAGGAUUUGAACAGAAAAUGAGUAGGCGAGAAGCUAGUCUUAUUUUAGGGGUAAGUCCAUCUGCUGGCAGGGACAAAAUCCGAAUAGCCCAUAGAAAAAUCAUGAUUUUGAAUCAUCCUGAUAAAGGUGGAUCGCCUUACUUAGCAACAAAAAUAAAUGAAGCAAAAGACUUGUUGGAAUCCAGUGCCAAAAACUGAAAUCCGAAAGCUUGAGUCAGAGGAGAUGCAGCAAAUACAUUGCACAAUGGCUUUCAUGUCUACUUGCUCUGCACAGUUUCUUAUUCAUAUUUAUUGUCAUAAUUAAAAUUUUAAGAUGAUCUAAAGCAAACUGAUAUCUUUUACAGCUAUGUAAAGUUAUGUACAGUUAUGCUCCUGCAAGGAGCAUAGAGUUGGACUUGAUGAUCCUUAUGGGUUCCUUCCAACUCAAGAUGUAUUAUGAUUCUGUCUCAAUUUUAGUGUAUUUUUAUUGAAUCAUGAUCCCUUACAAACUUUGAAAAAGUUCUCUUACUGUCUGGGGGGUUUUUUUGCAGAAGUAGUUGCUUCUUUCAUUAAAUUUUGGAUCUUUUAAAAUAAAAUUCAAAAAUUAGUCUUAAAUAUAGGGUUCUUCAUUAAUGAAGAAACAACUCUAUAUUUAGGGUUGCCAGAGAAAAUCUGUGACAGUGUGAUGAUUCACAGGAAAUAUGGCAGAUGCUGUACGAGUUUCCAGCACCACCGUGCCCUUGAGUCUGUUCAUUUGUGAAGUAGUAGGGUUUGUUCAUGAAUGUGGUUUGAAAGCUGCAACUCCAGACAAAAGGACUAAUGGGACUACAGACUGCAGUUUUCAUUAACUGUAUAUAUGGGCCUUGGAGCUAUGAAGGAGAAGAUUCUUGGUUUUGGUUAGUUCUUUUGCAUAUUAAAGGAUCUCUGAGAUUGUCAAAUAGUUAUUUAGACAUGCUUCAAGUCAUAGAGUAUGUUUACUCUGUAGCAGUUGGGAUAGUGCAGGGGUUUUCAUAGCAGUGGACCUGAAGAAGGUAGGUCCAUGUGGCGUGGAGUUGAGAUGGAUUUUAUUGGCUGCAGUUGUCCAGAUCCUACACCAGUCAUGUGAGCCUGGUUUAGGACUGACUCAGCAGGGAACAAACGGGAAGGUACCUGCUUUGCAUAUGGCUCUGGGUGCACUUCCUGGCUUAGUUCUCCAGUAAUGCUCACAUCUCUGCAUUAUGCUUCAUACCCCAGAGUAUAUGUACAUACUUCCAUACAUCCAUACAGCCUAAUGCUGGCUUUGGGGAGUGCUGAAGUCAUGGAUCUCAGACUUUAAAGAGGAUAAGUUUCAGCUGACAGCUAGGAGUAGGUGCAGUUUGGGGCACUUGGCUGCUACAGAUUCGUAGCGGUAAAUUGUCUGCAGAUGAAUUAACUCUCCUAAGAGGAUGAUGAUGAGAUGAGACAGUAUAGUGGAUUCAGUGCUAGACUGAAGAACUUCCUGCUGUCCAUUCAGGCUCUGUCGUUUGAGGUACAACAAACAACUUGAAAUGCUACAAAUAUAAAAUUUAGAUAUUCCAUUUUCUAGGUUAUUUAGCCAGAGGUAAGUGGCUAAGAGCAGUUAAUAUGAGGUUGAAUGCUUUAAUUAUUUAUCCACCAGAACAUGCAUUUAUAGUUCAUCCUGUGGUGGCUGUCCAGAUUAUAUGGAUUUUUCCUUGAAAGGAAGAAAGAAUAUGAAUUAUUUUUUACCAGGUUCCUGAGACUUUGUCACAAUUCCCUUACUUUCAUUAAAGGGAGAUGAAAAAAAUUUUAGUUGAUCCUAAAAGGAAAUACUAAUUUCAUGUAGUUUAGAGACUUCAUUACAAUUAGAGUGGCAAGACACAUGACACAAUUUGACUGGAUAAAACAAAAAGGACUGUUGGGAAAAACCUGCCUGGGAAUAGCAUGCACUGUAUGAGUACUACACUUGCAUCAUUUAACUAAUGCUGUAAUACAAGAAGCUUUAAAGAAAAUAGUUUAUUCCUCUGUAGUAACUUUAAUUGGUUCUUGUUAAAGGAGUGGCCAUCAAUUAAUGCACAUCAAAGGUUAGUCACUCAUUUCACUGGUAUAUCAGUCUGUAUUAGCAAAAAAUGAAAUCAUGACAGUUUUCAUUUUGGGAGAAGUGAGAUGGUGGGGGUCCUAAUUUUCUGAAGUGGAAUGUGUAUGUGAUAUGAGUCAUUCUGCAAAAGCAAAAUUGAUGUGAAUGGUAGGUAGCAAAAUCAUUCUGUCUGAUGAUUUUGAACUGACUAGCUGUUGUUUUUGUAUGAUUACCUUUUUGUUUCCUGAAUAAAAUGAGGUACUAUUCUAAAAUAUCAGUUGAAACAAAUGCAUUAAAGAUGGCUACUUGUUCUGUUCUUUAAAAUGAACUUCUCAUGUCUUUGUAAGAAGUAAAGGGUUGGGUUUUUUGUGAGA